AUGUCUUCUCUCACACGUUUACCAUCACUAGAAGAGAUGUAUCGCAAACGUCCCUCAUUCACUCGCCCACCAGUUCGAGCUGUCAACUCACCUCGGCUUACCGAUGAGGAAGCUGAUCAGCUGACUAGUCCCUUUCUGAACUACUCAACUGGCUACACGUAUGCAUUCAGUCAAGCGUAUAACCCUGACAGGCCACCUGCAUGGGAAGUUCCGAAUAUCAACAACAAUUUAUUGCAUAUUGAAAGUCCUGAAUAUGUUCCUUAUCAUUUCUCGGCACCCAGUCUCCUGUGUAAGAAUGGAAUGGCCGUUAUUGGUAUGGUGCGCAAUGCUGUGUUUUGGCUGCUGCAUCUAAUCACUAUACGUCUUAUGAAGGGUUUGGGACUAUUGUUCUACAAUAUCAUUGAGAGUACUUUUUGCCUAAUGGAUCUUACUAUUAAUGCCUUCCGCAAGUUCCAAGGUGCUCUUAAACGCUCAUAUUAUGAACGACUGGAGGAGAAGGCCAACGAAAUAAAUAAGCGAGCUGUGCUAUCAAAAAUAGAGGAGAUAAAAAGACUUGAAGUUGAAGCAAGACGCUUUCUUGCUGAAGUACAAACCCGGAGAGCGGCUCGUGCAAGGGGUGAACUUGUUGAUGAUUAUGAUGGAGGGCAGGGGAGUAAUCAUGAGAGUGGCAAUAAUCGUUACAAUUUGCGUCGUCGUAUGGUAACUGCAGAUACCGACUCUGAAGAUGAUAUUUCUAGGAACAAAGAAAAUGCCAGCUUUGGUUUAUCGAAAGGAUUGUUGCCUCUUAGUGGAAAAUCGCAACAUCAUGGGACUUAUCGUAUUGCUACGUGGCUUGGAUCUACCGCUUCGUCUUCCGUUUACUAUAUGUUGUAUGUUGUGCAUCUCCUUACUGUAUCUGUGAAGAAAUCAUAUGAUGGCAUGCACAGAGUGUUAUCUUAUUUUGUUCCCACUAUUCUGUUGUCAACGGCGCGUGCUUCGCCAAUACUUCGGUCAAAGGCUGGUCGUCGUGGUGCCCUGCAUUCUCGAGUUACGUAUUUGACAAGGAGCACAGUUUCCUUCGAUGAAAAGCCUUCUGAACAAACAGUAUCUCCCAUUGUGGCGCAGUUUAAAUCACUCUGCUUCUCCAUUUUGUACACUCCCAGCCGUGCUUUUCUGUUUAUAGUAUUUGCUGGUGCCGAUCUCCUUCGUUGGAUGUACUCAAGACGUCACAGAUGGGUUUGGUGGUUGCUACCGUUUUUCCUUCUUUUCCUCUUUUUCUAUUAUGGUACUAAUCAUGGAGUGACUAUUUUGGGACGUGAUGGCAAGUUGUCAGAGUUACAAGAGAAAGUGAGCAAUUAUGCACAAAGUUUUGUCGAUCCUGACGCGGUUCAUGCGAAAUCGUUAAACUCAAUUUAUGAUGAGUACUGGCGUAGUGGAAAGUUGUACCGCCAUAGCAUAAUAUGGAGAAUCACUACCGUGGCUUCAAAUUCUUAUUUCUUUCUUGUUAAUGUGUUCGAGAGUACAUUCAGUCUCAUCUAUGCAUCUGUGAGAGGUCUACUAUCUUUCAUUCUCGAUUUCUUUGCUGUUUAUGGUCGUGAAGCUUAUUCAUUGCUAACUACGGUGCCGUUAUUAUCGUUCCCGAAUCUAUCGGAGGCACUUUCGACAACGCAGAUGUUGCACUAUUUUACAAACGCAACCGAUUUAGCACCAUGGAAGUCGUCUGGAGUCUUCGCUUCAACAGAACAGCAUUUUUACAAGAUUUUCACGCUAUUCUCCAAUGUUGGAACUAUGUUGUUGACUGGAUUAAGUGAUUUGUUUUUCAUGCUGUCGAAUGGUGUUUACACAUUGUUCAUUCUGAUUGAGAAUUCGUUCCACCGAACUUUGGUCGCCGUCGUUGAUCAGCAACAAACAUAUCUCGAGCCCAAGCCUAACAUGGAUCUUAUCAACUCCGAUGUCAAUCCAAAUGUAUGCAUACCAUCACUUGCACCAGCAAUUGAUGAAGCUAAAUUGGUCGACAAAAUUAGUGCGGUGGUGCGUGCUCAAAUGGAUCAGGACUUCAAAACUAAAGUUGAGAAGGAAUUAAAAGCUUUGUCUGCUAUCUACGAUGAGAAAUUGUCAAAGCUUGAAUUAGAUAAGAAACAAGUUGAUAUCGACUACUCACGUUUGGAGUCUAUUAUACGUUCAGCAAUACUUGAAUACGAUAGCGAUAAGACAGGAAUGUUCGAUUUUGCUUUGGAGAGCGCUGGUCCCGUCGGUUACAUCACAAUUGGACUUUCACAUGCAAUAAAUGUCACUCUUAUCAGCUACGAGCAUAUAGGUGCUCAUCAAGCUCCUGCUGGUCAGCGUCCCAGUGCACCGAAAACGUUUAAAAUCUGGGCCUAUAAGUCAGAGAACGACAUGGCUACGAGAGUUCUUCUAGGCGACUUCAUGUACGACCUGAAGGCCAGCCCGUUGCAGUUCUUCGUAGUUAAGACUCAACCGGGCUAUCCUGUGAAAAUCAUCGAGAUGGAAGUUACGAGCAACUAUGGCGCGGAGUACACGUCGCUUUAUCGUCUCCGUGUACAUGGAUCACUUUACAAAUCAGGCGACAUAUAA